AUGAGUGACGAUAAAAAAACGCCUCUACAGAGGAAACCUGGGGAAGAUGACACGCUUUUCGAUAUCGAUUUCUUGGACGAGAGCACCUCUCCCUCGGGGUCCCAUUCAAAGACUACAAGCUCACAUGCUAAUGCGAAUUAUGUGCCACCGGUCCAUGCAUUUCCCGAGGAAACGAUCGAUUUAGAUGCUGACGAUGAUAAUAUUGAGAACGAUAUGCGCGAAAAUCCAUUUAUGAGUAACAACGAUGAUGACCAAACGUCUUGGAAUGCCAAUAGGUUUGACUCGAAUGCAUAUCAGCCGCAAUCUUUGAGGGGCGGUAAGCCUCCCGGUGUCUUUGCUAGGUUCGGUAAUGGUCUCAAAAACGCCUUCACAUUCAAAAGAAAGAAAGGGCCUGAAAGCUUCGAAAUGAAUCCUUACAAUGCAGUAACCAACAAUGAAGUCGAUGAUAGCUAUUUGAACUCGAGAAACAAGUUCGACAUCAAGAUUCUUUUCAACCGAUACAUCUUAAGAAAAAAUGUUGGUGAUGCAGAUGGCAACGGCGAACCACGACUUAUUCAUGUCAACGACUCUCUGGCCAACUCAUCGUUUGGUUAUAGCGAUAAUCAUAUAUCCACUACCAAGUAUAACUUUGCUACAUUUUUACCCAAGUUUCUGUUCCAAGAAUUCUCAAAAUAUGCCAAUCUAUUUUUUUUAUGCACAUCUGCCAUUCAACAAGUGCCCCACGUCUCACCAACCAAUAGAUACACCACCAUCGGUACUUUACUUGUGGUGCUCAUUGUCUCUGCCAUGAAAGAAUGUAUCGAAGAUAUCAAGAGAGCCAAUUCUGAUAAAGAAUUAAAUAAUUCGACCGCAGAAAUCUUCUCGGAAGCACAAGAUGACUUCGUUGAGAAGAGAUGGAUUGACAUUCGUGUUGGUGACAUAAUUAGGGUAAAAUCAGAAGAACCUAUUCCUGCUGACACUAUAGUCCUGUCAUCCUCGGAACCCGAAGGUCUUUGCUAUAUCGAAACUGCCAACUUGGAUGGUGAAACGAAUCUAAAGAUCAAACAGUCAAGAGAGGAAACAGCCAAAUUCAUCGAUUCUAGAACUUUAAAAAAUAUGAGAGGGAAGGUUGUUUCCGAACAACCAAACUCCAGCUUAUAUACGUAUGAAGGUACUAUGACGUUAAAUGAUCGCCAAAUACCGUUAUCGCCAGAACAAAUGAUUUUGAGAGGUGCAACUUUGAGAAACACUGCUUGGAUAUUUGGCCUAGUUAUAUUUACUGGUCAUGAAACCAAACUGAUGCGUAAUGCUACUGCAACCCCCAUCAAGAGAACCGCGGUUGAAAAGAUUAUCAACAGGCAAAUCAUUGCAUUAUUUACAGUCUUGAUCGUGCUGAUUUUGAUUUCGUCUAUUGGUAACGUAAUUAUGUCCACUGCUGAUGCCAAACAUCUUUCUUAUCUUUACCUGGAGGGAACCAACAAAGCUGGGUUAUUUUUUAGAGAUUUCCUAACGUUUUGGAUUUUAUUUUCCAAUUUGGUCCCCAUUUCUUUAUUUGUUACCGUUGAACUGAUAAAAUAUUACCAAGCGUUUAUGAUAGGUUCGGAUUUAGAUUUAUACUACGAAGAAACCGAUACUCCCACUGUGGUUCGUACAUCUUCUUUGGUCGAAGAGCUUGGUCAAAUUGAAUAUAUUUUCAGUGACAAGACGGGAACUUUGACUAGAAAUAUUAUGGAAUUCAAGUCUUGCUCUAUCGCAGGACGUUGUUAUAUUGAUAAAAUACCAGAGGACAAAAUAGCUACCAUAGAAGACGGGAUUGAAGUUGGUUUUAGAAAAUUUGAAGAUUUGAGAAAAAAACUAAAUGAUCCUUCUGACGAGGAUUCACCUAUUAUCAAUGAUUUCUUGACAUUAUUGGCUACAUGCCAUACCGUUAUUCCAGAAUUCCAAAGCGAUGGUUCUAUUAAAUAUCAAGCAGCUUCUCCAGACGAAGGUGCGCUUGUUCAAGGUGGUGCGGAUUUGGGAUAUAAGUUUAUUAUUCGUAAGCCAAACUCUGUAACCGUACUAAUUGAAGAAACUGGUGAAGAAAAAGAAUAUCAACUAUUGAACAUUUGCGAAUUCAAUUCUACUAGAAAAAGAAUGAGCGCAAUAUUCAGAUUUCCGGAUGGCUCGAUUAAAUUAUUCUGUAAAGGUGCAGAUACUGUCAUUUUGGAAAGACUAAACGAUGAAGCUAACGAAUAUGUGGAAGCUACAAUGAGACAUUUGGAAGAUUACGCAUCGGAAGGUCUAAGAACCUUAUGUCUGGCCGUAAGGGAUAUACCUGAAGGAGAAUAUGAAGAAUGGAAUAAUAUUUACAACGAGGCUGCCACGACAUUAGAUAACAGAGCUCAAAAAUUAGAUGAUGCAGCAAAUCUAAUUGAAAAAAAUCUGUUAUUAAUUGGUGCAACUGCUAUUGAAGAUAAGUUACAAGAUGGUGUUCCAGAGACCAUUCACACAUUACAAGAAGCGGGUAUCAAAAUCUGGGUGUUAACUGGUGAUAAACAAGAGACUGCUGUCAAUAUUGGUAUGAGUUGUCGGUUACUGAGUGAAGAUAUGAAUCUACUGAUCAUCAAUGAAGAAAGUAAAGAGGACACUGAAAGGAAUUUGUUAGAAAAGAUUGAUGCUCUUAACGAGCAUCAACUAUCAACGCACGACAUGAACACUUUGGCACUUGUUAUUGAUGGUAAGUCAUUAAGCUUUGCCCUGGAAUCAGAAUUGGAAGAUUACUUACUAACUGUAGCCAAGCUUUGCAAAGCAGUUAUAUGUUGUCGUGUGUCUCCGCUACAAAAGGCUUUGGUUGUAAAAAUGGUUAAAAGAAAGACAUCCUCGCUAUUACUAGCCAUUGGUGAUGGUGCUAACGAUGUUAGUAUGAUUCAAGCCGCUCAUGUCGGUGUUGGUAUAAGUGGUAUGGAAGGUAUGCAAGCUGCCCGCUCUGCUGAUAUAGCUGUUGGUCAGUUCAGAUUUUUGAAGAAAUUGUUACUGGUCCAUGGUUCCUGGUCUUAUCAAAGAAUCUCUGUGGCAAUCUUGUAUUCAUUUUACAAGAAUACAGCUUUAUACAUGACACAAUUUUGGUACGUUUUCGCAAAUGCUUUUUCGGGUCAAUCAAUUAUGGAAUCAUGGACGAUGAGUUUCUACAAUUUGUUUUUUACUGUUUGGCCCCCUUUUGUUAUUGGAGUUUUUGACCAAUUUGUUAGUAGUAGAUUACUUGAGCGUUAUCCACAAAUAUACAAAUUGGGACAAAAGGGCCAAUUCUUCUCGGUCUACAUCUUUUGGGGAUGGAUUAUCAAUGGAUUUUUCCAUUCUGCAAUAGUUUUCAUUGGGACCAUUUUGAUUUACAGAUACGGGUUUGCCUUAAACAUGCACGGCGAGCUGGCAGAUCAUUGGUCUUGGGGUAUAGCUGUUUACACUACAAGUGUUAUUAUUGUUCUGGGGAAAGCCGCUUUAGUUACUAACCAGUGGACCAAGUUUACUCUAGUUGCCAUCCCUGGAUCCUUCUUAUUUUGGUUAGUAUUUUUCCCAAUUUACGCUUCCAUUUUCCCACACGCUAACGUUUCAAGGGAAUAUUACGGUGUGGUUAAACAUACGUAUGGGUCCGGUGUGUUUUGGUUGACUUUAAUUGUCUUACCGAUUUUUGCCUUAGUCAGAGACUUCUUAUGGAAAUAUUAUAAAAGAAUGUACGAACCGGAAACAUACCAUGUUAUCCAAGAAAUGCAAAAGUAUAAUAUAACCGAUUCAAGACCGCAUGUCCAGCAAUUUCAGAAUGCUAUCAGGAAAGUGAGACAAGUACAAAGAAUGAAAAAACAAAGAGGGUUUGCCUUUUCCCAGGCUGAAGAAGGUGGUCAAGAAAAGAUCAUCAGAAUGUACGAUACUACCCAAAAGAGAGGUAAGUACGGUGAGUUGCAAGAUGCUUCUGCGAACCCCUUUAGUGAUAAUAAUGGAUUUGAAAAUGACGGCUUUGGAAACACAGAACCGUUUAUUGAAAACCCAUUCGCCGAUGAUACUAGGAACGCUCAUAAAGCCAAUUCCUCAAGAGACGACUUUACAUUUGAUUUGUGA